AUGACAGUCUUAGAUUCAGUGUCGCCAACCAUCGAUGAAAAUAAAGCGAACGUCGUUUAUGUACAUCGAUUAAUUUUGAAUUUGAAUCAAUUAAUGAUUGAAAAUACUCAAGCGAGGACUAAUUUAGUAACGAAGUAUCAAUUUCGAAAUGUGAAAGAACUAGUUUUGAUCAUUAAUCGAGAAUGGUCAAACAAUGCCAUCGAAUGUCUUUCGACAAUGAUUGUUUUAUCAAAUCUCGAGAAGGUACAUUUGAAAAUCGACGAUAAAUGUAAAUUUGUCAGAGAUUUGGAUGUGAAAUUGAAAGUUCUACUCAAACAAGCAUGGGAUCUUCGUUCGUUGAAAAUAACUUGUACGAAUGCUAAAACAAGAAAACUGAUCGUUCGAGAUAAAAUCGCGUUAUACCGACCAACUUGA